CAUGAUUGAAGUGUUUGGACGUAUGAUGGAGAACAAUUCUUACAUCAAACUGUCAGCUGUGGGCGGGUCCCCCUCCCUGUACGGGCCAGACCUGGCCCUGUUCUGAAGGUCUACCAGGAGUGUGAGAGGGUGUGAACAGUGACACAUUAAAACAUGAGCAGGCAGGAAGAAGCUCCUCCAGUCCUCCCUCAUGGAUCCAGACCUGACCGCUCCUCUGAAACAGGGCUUCCUGGUGAAGAGGGGCCACAUUGUUCACAACUGGAAAGCACGCUGGUUUGUUCUGACAUCAGACAAGUUGAUUUAUUACAAAUAUGAAGGAGGGAGACGGGACUCAUGUCAGCGAGGGAAAAUCCUGCUCAGAGACUGCCUGGUGACCUGUCCUUUCCUGGAGUGUGAAAACAGGCCGUUGGUGUUUAAAGUCCAGACUAAGGCCGGGGUGGAUCAUUAUUUGGAGGCUUGUUCCAGAGAGGACAGAGAUGAUUGGGCUGCUGGCAUCACAGCUGCUGUCAACCAGCUGCAGGCAGCUGAUGGAGGGCAGCCGACAGGUCAGAGAGGUCCUGCUGGAUCUGAGCUACAAAACAUCAACCUGAGCAAAGUGUUGGACUGUAUGUACGACGUUCACAGCGGCCUCAAGCUGAACAACCAUGUGGAGCAGGGCAACAUUUACAGCAACUGUUUCUCAGUCUGACAGUUUAAAGAAGAGAGGCAGUGUGAAGGCUGAGGCGUCUCUGUCUGCAGUAGAGCUGAGUGGGAAAGUCCGAAAGAAAGGAUAUCUGCUGAAACAGGGACACAGAAGAAAGAACUGGAAGGUGAGACUGUUUGUGCUGCGUUCAGAACCGGACUUUCUUCAUUAUUAUGAUCCCACCAGGGAUGAUGUCACUCCUGUGGGCGGCUUCUCUCUGCGGGGCUGUCUGAUUUCCUCUCUGGAAGAUAAUGGAGUUCCUUCAGGUGUGAAGGGCAACAUUCAAGGCAACUUGUUUAAAAUCAUCACCAAGUCAGAUGUUCAUUACUACAUCCAGGCUCCCACUCAYCAGGAGAAGAUGGACUGGAUCGAUGCGAUCAGACAACAAACGUAGAAAUGAUUCCUGUGAAACCUGAAUGAUGUUUCAGCUUGGACCAUUUMAUCUGAUGAUAUGUUUUUAUCCACUCACAACACGCACUGUAAAUAUGAGUUCCACACGCUGGAACAUUUUGAUUUAAUUGUGUUUAGAAAAGUUUUUUACGCUCUGUUUGAAACAAUGUUCCAGUAAAACCACUAGCUAUUCAAGCUUGAAUAUGAUUAAAAUACACUGAAUCAGCAGCUGUCUGAAUGUAAGUCCAGUUAUUUUAAAGAACAGUUUAUUUAUUGUCUGAAUAAUAAAGUUUUGUACAAUGCACA